GGAGAGAUUGCUAAUUGUGGCCUACUAAUCCAACCCCUCCCCCACUUUCACCCACCUCCACAUCCUCCCCUAUAUGUCACAUAUGAGGAAGGCCAGGCGCAUAGAGAAGGAAAGGUACUGCACCCUGUGAAGUGAAGAACGAGUACUUUGAGGGAAGAGGAUCCAGGAAACAGUGGACGGAUAAGAAAACCAAACACUUACCUGGAUAUACCCUGCAUAGAAUGUAGCUGCGCUUUUCCAUCUCUCUCCGCAUCCUCUUCCUACCACAAAAUUCACGGCACUAUGGGAGAAGUCCAAAAGGGUUUGUUUUCAGUCAUUGAGAAGCUAAAAGGCACUACUGAGCAAGAGCUGCGAAUAGUUCUUCUCGGUCUCGAUAACGCCGGAAAAACCACUUUGUUAAAACAACUCGCCUCCGAAGAUGUGAACACCAUCACUCCAACUCAGGGUUUCAACAUUAAAAGUGUGUCCUGUGAUGGCAUGAAGCUGAAUGUGUGGGACAUUGGAGGACAGAGGAAGAUUCGACCAUUCUGGAAGAAGUACCUGGAGAACACAGAUUUAUUGAUUUAUGUGAUUGACAGUGCAGACAAAAAGAGAUUUGAGGAAACAGGAUUGGAGCUCUCGGAGCUCAUCGAUGAGGAGAACCUGAAGGGUGUGCCAUUGCUCAUCUUUGCCAAUAAACAGGACCUGGCCACAGCCUCUCCGGCCAGUGAGAUCGCCGAGGGCCUCAACCUACACACGUACCGGGACAGAGAGUGGCAGAUCCAGGCCUGUUCUGCUGUAUCUGGGGAGGGUGUACAGGAUGGCAUGAACUGGAUCAGCAACAAUAUUGUAAAUAAGAAGAAAUGAAUCUGCUCACUUCCAAGUGUUAUUUUGUACAAUUGCUCUGAUACUUCUGUUAAUGUAAACCACGUAUAAAAAAAAUUACUUUUUUUUUGGUACAUAUAUUAAUGAUCUAUCUUCCUGUUUGUAAAUUGGCUGCCAACAGAGACUGGCAGGAAAUCAAACAAAACAAAUCAUUUUUCCCACUCUUAUCUCGUAUGCUCUUCCAGAGAGUUUUUGUUGCUCUCUGACUAGACAAGCUUUCUUUAAAAUCUGUAAAUCAUGCUUUUGCUGUCAUGUUUUCGAGAAAUAUGACAUACCAGGGCAUAAAUAAUGCACACAAGCAAGAUUUGCAGCCUAAAAUAAGAAUGAGGUAUCCGUGUA